GGGUUUUGAAAGCAGCUGAGAGGAGGGGGAGUCAGUUCAGCUUCAUCCAAAGGAAUAAUAAAAAAGAAAGAGUCUGUGCUUCCAUCUCCCUGGAAGAUUGCAGCUAAGCAGGUGCUGACGAUGGAAUCCUUCUCUUGCUUGUCUCAUAUUUUGGUCAUGGACUUCUCCAGAAAACCCUUGUUGCAGCCAUUGUGGGAUUACUUUCGACUUAAUUACACCGACACCUUGAGAUCUCCUCUCUUUCCUGUGGUCCUCACUGUUUCCUCCUACCUGAUCUUCUGCAUUCCUUACCUGGUGUUCAACCUCAUGGGCAGGAGGUGGCCUUUUAUUCACAAGUACAAGAUCCAGCAGGACAGAAACCCCACAGCAGAGAUGAUAUUGCACUGUCUUGGAGUCACAAUGUAUAACCAUCUGUUCUUCAUAUUUCCAGCUGCUGUUGCACAAUGGUGCUGGAGACCUCCUUGUCCUCUUCCAGAAGAGUCUCCAACCAUCUUUGAUAUAAUAUUUGGUGUGGCAGGAAGUCUUCUACUUUUUGAUUUCCAGUACUUUAUUUGGCAUAUGGUUCAUCAUCGAAACAGGUGGUUAUAUAAGACAUUUCAUGCUAUACAUCAUGAAUAUAUGGCUCCCUUUUCCUUGGCCACCCAGUGUCUGGGAGGUUGGGAACUAAUUACUGUAGGUUUCUGGACCACAUUGAACCCAAUCAUUUUCAGAUGCCAUAUUCUCACUACCUGGGUUUUUAUGGUAUUCCAUGUCUAUGUUUCAGUUGAGGAUCACUGUGGCUAUGAUUUUCCAUGGUCCACAUCUCACCUGGUGCCUUUUGGAAUUUAUGGAGGCCCAGCAAAACAUGAUGUUCAUCAUCAAAAGCCCAUGAGUAACUAUGCCCCCCACUUUACACACUGGGACAAAAUAUUUGGUACCCAUGCUGAUUUCAGUUCAGUAAAGGGAAUUCUGGAAAAUGACACCCCUAAUAAAACCUGCUGUGCAAGCAAACAUGAAGACAGCCUGUAUGAUGAGAGCAUCUCUCCCACAGCAAGAAUGGCAGAAGAAAGGGAAAGCUGAAGUGAAAUAUUCAACACUUUGGAAAAUUUUGUUCAUAAACUGUAUCAAAAUGUUGUCCAGAUGUUGGUAUCUGUAACAGUUCCAGUGUUAUUGUUUCAUAAGUUCACUGCUGUACUUUUAACGACUUAUAAAAGGUUAAGUACCAUGUACUCCUGGGCAAUUAAGGCACUUAAAAAACAAUGACUAUUUACAUUUCAGCUACCACUACACAGCUAUUCUACAGAAUUGGGUAAACCUCCAGGGGCCUUGAAGCUCCAGGGAAGUUUGACUUCUACCAAGGGCUUUGUGAGACAUAAAACAGUUAACUAGUUAAACUUGUCACUCACUGAAAUAUUCACAUUAAAAGUACCUUAAAUACUGUAUUAAUUCCUAGUAUGCUAAGACCAAUUAAAAAGGGCAUUUGGAAAUUACUUUUUGUAAGGGAAGGAUUUUAUAGUUUUACAAAGUUGUAAUAAACCAAUUAUUUUUGUUAAAAAAGAAUAUUUUAUUUGGUACACCUGUACUAUUUGAGUAGAUGUGAUAUCAAAUGCCAGUAAAUUAUGCAGUGGUGUCCUUGCAGAUCCUAGAACAAUGAAAGUAAUUGAAACUUGUAUCUCUAGUCAUAUGAUACAUAGACUUGUCGGAAACCAGUUUGGCUCACAGUAGUGUCAAUAUCAUGUUCUCAAUAAAAUUGUGUUUCUGUAAAUGUAUUGGUAAUAUAAAAUAUAUAUUAAAUAGGAUUAUACACAGUUCUUUGUUAGUAUAAAUGGAGGUAUGGAAAGCCUUGGGUAUAUCUGGAAAGGUUUACUUAAGACUUCUAGUUAAAAAUGUUAGAGAAUUAGCUCCUUAGUUUCAAAAGCAAGUUCAGUUCUCUAUAUUACUUUAGAUUUAGCUUCCCUAUUACAGCACCAUGAAAAAAUAAUACAAUCUACAAAACACUUUGGACCUUGGGGUUUCCAGAUAAGGGGUCUUUCUCUAAUUUGGAUCACCAUACCUGAAGUCUGCUUAAAGUCAUUUAAA